AUUGAGCGGGAGCGCGCAGACCUGCCCUCCUGUCGCCAUUUUUCUGUUUCCUUGUCGCACUUUUGGAGGCUCGGAUAAGGGGGGGCAGCAGGAAGAAAUAAGGGAAAGUGUCAAAUAUACAAUCACGGAGACAGAAGAGGAUCCGUAAGAGAAUAAAGAAUGCGCGAAAGAAGCAGGUCUUGGGAGACGAGCCGGUGUUGUGAAACAGUUUGUGUGCGGUGAAGACGUGUUGCGGGGCCGCCAUUUUCCCCCCCUGCUUCAAAAGUCUGCUUCGAGUCGAGAGAGGGGAUUUAAAAAAGACAACGCAUUUCCAUGACAAGUGCCUUCCUACGAGGUCAAAAAGAUACGGACGAACCAUUUCGUUAAUACCGUUAACAUUUGGUGGAUGAGGAUUCAUGCGACCAUGCGCUGAAGCUUUUUCGGUUGUUGAAGCUGGAGGUUCGAAGAACUGAAGCCUGCCUGCGUUUUUCGGAAGACGCAGCGAAAACGGGAAGCUCCAUUAUUCACUUUGUUGCAUGUCUCAAGUAAGUUUUGUUUUUCCAUCGCUUGGCCCGCUGAAAAGCUACAUUAUGUUGCAAAUUUGGAUCAAGCUAACCGCAGCCUGCCUGUGAAAAUCCCCCAAAAUUGCCUGAAGCCUCCCGUUUCACCGCUCCAGAUCACGUAAUUUAUUGUCUAUUUUUAUUAACUUAUUCUGAACAGACAUGUCAACCGCGCGGUUUGAUUCGUCUGAUCGGUCCGCCUGGUAUUUCGGACCUGUGUCACGACAAGAGGCACAGAAUCGGCUCCAGGGACAGAGACACGGUAUGUUUCUCGUUCGAGACUCGUCCACCUGCCCCGGUGACUACGUGCUGUCAGUGUCCGAGAACUCUAAAGUGUCUCACUAUAUCAUCAACUCCUUACCCAGCAAGAGGUUUAAGAUAGGCGAUCAAGAGUUUGAGCACCUCCCUGCUCUGCUGGAGUUCUACAAGAUCCACUACCUGGACACCACCACGCUGAUCGAGCCAGCACCCAGGUACCCAAGCACAGUGAGUGCUCCAAUCCAGCCCAUCAGUGGCCCAGAGGAAAAUUUGGAAUAUGUGCGAACUCUGUAUGACUUCACUGGCAGCGACGCAGAGGACCUUCCCUUCAAGAAGGGAGAGAUUCUCAUCAUUCUGGAGAAACCAGAGGAGCAGUGGUGGAGCGCCAAAAGCAAAGAGGGACGUGUUGGAAUGAUCCCAGUGCCCUAUGUGGAGAAAUUGGUACGACCUUCACCUCACCCUGGCCAGCAGUCUCAUGGCUCUCGCAAUUCCAACAGUUAUGGGAUUCCUGAACCUGCUCACGCCUACGCCCAGCCCCAGACACCUGCACCAUUGCCUCCUGGCACACCUGGAGCAGUAAUCACCCCUCUACCAUCAAUGCAGAAUGGCCCAGUCAUGGCUAAGGCCAUCCAGAAACGAGUGCCCUGUGCCUAUGACAAGACGGCUCUUGCUUUAGAGGUUGGUGACAUCGUCAAGGUGACACGAAUGAACAUCAACGGUCAGUGGGAGGGUGAGGUGACGGACGGAGGGGUCUCUUCCCAUUCACCCACGUCAAAAUCAUGGACCCCAGAAUCCAGAUGAGAGUGACUGAUCUGGGACUUCAGCUGGUUCCUUCUCACCAGUUUCCACCUGAAUCUGCUGGCUGUCUCCACCUUGCCACCAGUGUCACCAUGGUUACGUGCUUGCGUGCUUUGGGCUGCGCCAUGAUCGUGAGCCCUCUGUUAUCAACCGUUGCAGGGGCUUUGUGACUGUUUACAUCGUCAGACUUUGGUUUCGAGCUAAAACCUGAUCCCUUGUUGUGUCUUGGUUUUCGGCUAGGCAGUAUCUCGUUAGAGUCCGUUUCAUUUCCAGAAUACUGGGCAUCGUUGUGUGUAUGCCUGUGUGUGAGCGUGUGCCUGUGUGUAUAUGUGUGUACACAGUAGAUAUUUACCACAUUACAUCACAGUUUGUUUGUUUUUGUUCAUUAUUAUUAUUAUUUCUUGGAGUGUUUGUUGCAAGUCUUUGGGGCUUUGGUAAGUUGUGUUGCUGUGAGAAUAUUUGUGUGUGUGUGAGAUCCUGAAAGCAGUAGCCCUGGUGGGUCUGGGCGAGCACUGAAAAGAGGACUGAACCCUCCAGUCAAGUCAUUCGUCAAAACAAUCACUGUUGUACCUUAUUCUUUGGAUAAGCACACGUGCAUUCACAUUUCUUGGCUGUGACAACUAGCUCAGAGAUUAAAGUUUUCCUGUAAUUUUCAGAUGUGGAGCGUACUGAUAUUUAAACUGGACAUUGCUACUUUGACAUGCAUUUAAAAGAAAAGAAAAAAGGCUUUGCUAAUUUUAGCAUAUGGAGUCGCGCUCAAUCCCAGUGAUGUAACCACAACAAUUACAAACUGUUAGGGGGUGGG